AUGACCAAAACCAAACACCCCCUAACAGUCGCCCUGAUCUACGAAGACCCCGCCGUCUACGCCCUCCACCAGCACCCCGCCGCCUCCCUCUCGCACCUCGAAGUCGGCGCCGCCGCGCCCGCCAUCACGGCCGCCCUCCAAUCCCACGGCCACACCGUCCUCCCCAUCCCCAGCAUCCACGCCCUGCUCGCCCACCUCAAUCCCGAAACCCCAAAAUGGGAUCUGGCCUUCGACAUCACCGAGGGCGUGUACGGCCCCGCGCGCGAGGCGCAGGUCGCCGCCGUGCUCGAGGCGCACCGCAUCCCGCGCACCUUCUCCGACGCCGCGAUCAUGGCCCUGUGUCUGGACAAGGGGCGCACCAAGAUGGUGCUGGAGCAUUUCGGGGUCGCGACGGCGCCGUUUGCGGUCGUCCAUUUUGACCACGUGGGCGAUAAUGAAGAAUUGAGUGGUGAGGAGAUCCUAGGACAGAUGCGCCGCUCGCGGCAUGCAGAGACGUUGCUCGGGCCCCGGCGGUGGCCGCUGUUUGUCAAGCCGUUGGCCGAGGGCUCGUCCAAGGGGAUUGCCCUGGGGAAUCGGGUGGCCUCGGACGAAGAGCUGGUGCGCGUGGUGAAUGUGUUGCGGGCGGCGAGUCCCUCUUCUUUGGGGGUUUUGGUCGAGUCGUUUCUCCCGGGGAGGGAGUUUACGGUCGGGAUUCUGGGGACGGGGGCGGAUGCGUGGGUGGUUGGCGUGGAUGAGAUUAAGUCCAAGUCAUCGGAUGAUUGGAAUGGGGAGGCGGAUGAGGUCAAGGUCACCCGCGAGGACAAAGAGGCGGACUCGGCUUGUGAGACUGCGUUGCGGGCGUGGACGGCGCUGCGGUGCCGUGAUGGGGGCCGCGUCGAUGUUCGCAUGGAUGGAGCUGGGGUUGCUCACGUCAUGGAGAUCAAUCCGUUGGCGGGGUUGCUCCCAAGCUGGUCGCAGCUGCCGCUCAUCGCCGAGCAUAAUGGCGUCUCGUUCGAGGAAAUGAUCGAUCAUAUCGUGCAGAGUGCACUCAAGCGGACGGGUCCGCAUCGUGGUCUGAAAGCGUAG